CCCGUUUUUCGUGCGCGCUUUUUCUUCAAAUGAAGCACCAACUCACCCAAAAUUCCAUUAUCCUAAAGAAUAGGACAAGCCUACCCCAAAGGGUUCAAAGUGUUAGUGUUCUCGAGAUCAUCGCGUUCUUCGAGUGCACACAAAGCGUCAGAGAAGUUUUACGUUUCUGGUUCACGGUGCAGAUGGCCGACGGCAAGUUCUACUUCAUCUUCGUGUUCGUAAUGUUGGUCGGUCUCGUCAGCGCCAUUGUGGCAGCGGUCUUUGCGUACAUCUUGCUCGAAUCGUCACUCAGCUGGCCGACGGAGAAGUGGGAGUACAAGAACUUGGCCAUCGUCUGCGACGCCAAGGAAUGCGCCAAUGUAGCCCUAACUACCGGAACCGUGCAGGGCGUGGACGCCCUUGGAGUGUCGCCUGCUGCCACCAAGCCGGAUGAUUUCAAAAACUGGACGCUCACAAAAAUAGGUUUGAAAGCACCCAUCAUUCCCGGAGCAGUGGCAGGCUACAAGCUGCUUCACGAAAACUUCGGCAAACUGCCUUGGGCAGACCUGUUUGCCGAAGCCAUCAAACUGGCUGACAAAGGCUUCACCGUCGGGCACCACUUGGCCGAAGCUUUGCAGAGGAACCAGAAGGCUCUGUACUACGACGUAAAGGGACGGACCACAUUCACGAAUCCCGCGACUGGCGAACUCGUAGCCGCGGAGACUGUGCUUAGGCUGCCGCUCGUUGGAGAUGUUCUGCGGCGAAUAGCGCACGACCCAUAUACGCUGUACACUGGAGCGCUUGGACAAGAGAUGGCAGCUGACUUCCAUAGAGACGGUGGCUACAUAACGUGGACGGAUCUCCAGAAGUACAGGGCGCACUUUGUGGAUGCCCUCAGAGCCGAGAUAGGAGACAACAAGGUCGUCUACACAGCUGCAUUCCCCGGAAGCGGAGCCAUCGUGGGGGCCAUACUGGAGAGGUUUAAAAUCACGCGGUCCAUACUGCAAGGCAAAGGAAAGACUCCUUUUGUAGUGAUGAAUGAUACGUACCUCCAUAUGCUGGUGGAAACCAUCAAGUUCGCCUUGGCCUUCAGAGAAAAUCUUGGAGACACUGAUAUAUCCAUAAGUGAACAGGACAAGCUCCUUUCCAAGAUAGAGAUACAGUUCGACAACAAUUUCUCGCCUCUGCAUCCCUUGGCGAGUUACGAAGAUUACGGCGGUGGCGCUGCACAGGACGAAGACUUCGGUGGAGCGCAUCUUUCCAUCCGGGACCUUAAGGGAAACGCCAUAUCCGUAACUGCGGGCUUGAACCACGAAUUCGGCUCCAAGUACUGGACGAGCUCGGGAAUCCUGUUGAACAGUUACAUGAACGCGUUCUCGAAUCCCAGUGGAGCAUAUUCGAAGGGUCCGUCGGGUAACAACCUAAUGCUGGCAGGCAAGCAGCCCCUCACCUCCAUGAUACCGUCCGUCAUCACCAACACCACCGGCAAAAAACAUAUGCUACACGCCGUCUUCGGAAGCAGCGGAGGGACGGCUGGUAUUUCAGCCAUGGCUCAGCUCUUCGCCUGCGCCGCCGAGUUCCCUCUCCACAGCUGUGUCGCGGCCAACGUUCCCGUACGCCCAUACCUCGGCCAGAAUGGUUACGUCGUCCAGGUGGGCGCGCCGACUGCGAAGUUCGAUCCGGCUAGUUUAUUGCUCAAGAUGGGCCACACUGUGGAGAAGCAGACCGUAUUCACGGCGAGCGCCACAGCGAUCGUCACUACAGCUCGAAACUCGUGGAUGGCGCCUGUCGAUGCCUUGCACACAGAUGGCAGCACUGCGGGCUACCAUUACGUGCAUCCCGUCAUCAAGAACGACAGGAUUAAUUGAUCUCACAAACGAACUUUCGACCGAGAACCUUGGUCAUCGGGGUUCGAAGUUGCGAGUACUCCCAGCCAGACGCCGGCAAUGUUUACACGGCGCCGAAAUGCACUCGCCGACAGUCGCCGACGGGGGCGCAAUGACGUCUUUAGAGCGCUAUAUCGUAUCUUCUUCGUUUCUUUAGAUUU